AUGCCGAUGCAGGAGAUGUUGCGGCAAGCAAACAAUCAUUUCGUCAGAACCAAGAACCAUCUUAAAGAUAAAAGUGGGGCAGCGAUCAGAGAGGCAGAGCGCUACCGCGAGGUCGCACACAGGUGUUCCUUCACGGGACAGGACAGCGGGUUCGCGUACCACCGAUCGUUCGCAGUGGGAGAGACCCUGUUUCAGGUGUGUGCGGCACGUUCGCCACGCCUGAAGCUCCUCAUACCGGACACUCUGGUUUUCAACGUCGAGGACGACCCGCAGUGGUACUACACCGACAAGGACGGGUUCGUCGCUUGCAUGGCGCGGUACGAGCCAGGCCAAGCAGUGGAACAGUUUGGAGACGUGCGCUUCGACGAUGACCUCUGCGCCGUAAGGAAACAGAGCUGCCUGCUGCAGUUCAGCGGGGUGCGCGAUGGGGAGGACCCGGCAGCAGUCUACUCCAGCGGCAACAGCCUCGCCCUCCUCAACACGAAAGUGGGAGAGAAAUGGAAGGAGGGGCGCCUGGGCGACUUGCGAGUGAUUACCGGGGCCUCGGUGGGCAUGGACGGCGGGGGAACGGCGGGGCCGGAGUCGGAAGGGACCGGGACGUUCAUGGUCCAGAAGUUCAUCAAAAGCAAGGGGCCGCACGCUUUCAUCAUUCGACAGACAGUGGAGCGAGGCAUGCCGCCGACGGCGUGGUGCAUCAGCAACCGGCAGCCGUACGGCGGGGAAAUCGACCACCCAGACUCGCUCCUGCUAGCAGGGCCGCAGAUCCUCGGCCGCUUCACCACGACCCCGCAAGUCAACAGCCAGAGCAGGCGGGGGGGUGGUUGCGGGGGGGGCGACGCCGCCGCUGGACCCUGCAACAUCGCGCGGCUAGGGCCAGGGGCGUGCUUGGAGACGGCGGAGGCAACUGGGAGAAUCAAGCGGCACCUUGAGACGGUCCUCGACCGGAGGCUUGAAAUGCUCGUGGCCGACUUCACCAGGGACGAUCGGGGGCGGCUGUGGUGCUUGCAGGUUAAGGCUUUCCGUUUCAUGGGCUGCGCACCUCGACGGCCGUUCCGACUCACGGCAAAAGACAAAGAAAACGCCAACUCCCGGUUACAGGGGGAACUCCCCUGCGUCAAGCGAAGGAGCUCCUCUUGCUCCUCCUCCCCGUCCUCCUCCGACACAAACGAUCAGGCAACAACAAGCGGUCCGCCUUCUCUCAGAGCAAGGAACAAGCGUGUCGCGAGCGAUCGGCGUCGAAGAGGGGGCAAGAGCGGCGUUGGAGGUGGCGGCCGCGACGACGGGUGGCAGAACAAAGGAGGCGGUUUCGAAACGGCAGAGAUCAGCAGGAGGUCACGCUCGGGUUCGGGGGCUAUGGUUGGGGCAGGGGGAGAAGGAUUCGGCCUGAAGGACGACUGGGGGGCGGCGGAAGAGGCCGCCGUGGCUGCUGCUUCGAGUUCGGGGGGGGGUCGCGGCGGCGGCGGCAGCGGCGGCGGAAAGUCGGAGAGAAGAAAGCUCGCAUGCGGCAUGUGCGGAAGCAUGCGUUUCCCCGAGGACGUGUCGUUUCGGAUGACCGCGAAGAUGGUCAGGGAAACCUUGUUUCACAUUUGGAGCCGAUUGUCUCCCCAACAAGUCCCGAGGUCUUUGCGGAUCGACGGCGGGGGAGAGACUCACGCCGGGGCGGCCACCGCAGCCGCCGCCGCCUACAUCGCGCGGGAAGUUGCCAUCGCUGGCGCAGCCCGUCCUGCGAUUGCUUCCUCCAAACCAAGCACAACGGUCACGACCAACGGGCCGCUCGCCCCUCGUUCGUCGGCUGCUGCUACCAGCAGCUGCCACUUCGUGCCCAGCGCGAGCGUGGCCUACGGCAACGUGCGCUCGUGCGAGGCUUGCUUCACCCUGCACCAGGCCGAGGCCUCCCUCAUCAGGGCGGAGCGCAGGCUCGCGGCAGCUAUCGGGGGAGGGGGUUGCACUCGAGGGAGAAGUAAGGGGGGUCAUGGUGGCACGGGCUUCGACCCUGGUCCGACUGCGAGAACAAGGGCUUCUGGUGCCGCGGGCCGAGGUGUGAAGGGGGCGAGUGAUCCACAGGGGGGGCUGGGGAGCCUUGCGAGGGCUGCUGCUGCUGCCGGAGGGCAACAGCUGGGUCAUACGGGGAGGAGCCUGGGAAGCACGAACAGUGCUGGUUGCCUGGAGGGGGCGAGAGAAAGUCGAGCAGGAGCUCGCGACGGCGUGGGUGAGGAGGACGCGCGCCACCAUGCACAUCACCACGGCUUCGAUCGGGAGCCUCUUCUUCCGGGUGGCCAUCUGAGCCUCUGCCGCAUCCUCUUGGCGGUCACCGAAAUCCUGGACGUGCCGAGGGAUUUCCUGAGAGAGGCCGCCGAGCGCACCCGCUCCCUUCAGCUCCGGUACGAGCUUCUCGGGCACCGAGAGGUGAUUCACCUGGAGAACCCCCUUGCAGUCGCCCCGUUGGGACCGUCGAGAAGCGGUAACAGCGCUGUCCGGUUUUCGGGGGGAAAUGAUGGUGAUGUUGUUAGCGGAGCAACGGCAGGGGCCCGGACAAAAGGAGGGCGAGAGGAAGGAGCGGGACUUCUGGUGCCAGUGUCGGUCAAUCAUUUCAGGUGAAAUAUUACGGUAGGCCUCGCUACUACUGCUGUAGCUAUGGAUGUGUGACACGCUCGCACCGCUGAUGCUAAUGUCGGGCAGGAACACACUCAAUGUUCUUCAACCCCGAGCGGCAAGAGCAGGCCGAAUGGUAAGAAGAGUGUCCCUGCGGCUCGAGCAAAGGGUAGAUGUUAUCCUAGCGAAGACAAAGAGUCCACAGCAAAGCCCCCUCCCCCCCGCAAUCUAGACUUCAGUGGGUUGGCGCUGUUGGCAAAGCGCUGUAAAACACGCCACCCCAAAUAUAGCCCCCAUAGUAUGCGCUACCAAAGACGCGUGACGCAUGGAUGCGUGGAGUGAGGAUUGCUUACGGAAACCUCACAGGUUGAGUGAUGUAGGAGAUUGCCGGACACAUAGACGUGUUGAGUGAUUAUAGCUGUAUACUGAAACCCCACGGAAAGGGGAGGUUUGAGAUUGCCAGACACAUAGACGGGUUGCGUGGGGAUAGCUGCUGGAACCCCACGGGUUGAGUGAUGUUGGAGUGCCGGACACAUAGACGCGUUGAAUGAGGAUAGACACAUAU